UUUAAGGAUGUCCCCAGCAAAAAAGAGGAAAACUGCCUCUCCAGAGCUAAUUCAGCCAAAAGUAAGCAGGAAGGAUGACAGUUUUGUCACUCACCAUUCACCAGUUACAACAGAUGUCAAGGCAUCUUCACCACAGCAGUCUGCCUCCACUCUGAUGCAGACUGGUCAGAUGGACUCAGCUGAGGGACCCACAAGUUACGAAAGAGAGGAGACCCCUGAUACACAAACAGGAGUUUUAUUACCCAGGGUUAAAACUGAAGUUAAACCAACUCUUCAGGAUUCAGACCAUGAAAGCACGUUAUGUCUCAAGGAUGUUUCUGCUGAGCCUGAUGUUGGCACUACCGAUUGUGAGAGCCCUACAGAAGACAACAGUGGAACUGGAUUAGUCAUCACUGUAGGAGAGAGUGAUGAAGAAAAGAAAAAUAAGAAGAAAAAAUCUAUAAAGAAAAAAAAAGAGAGCAGUGGGGAGCUGGCUUCUGCCUCAUCACGGUGUGAUUUUGAGAUGGACGGUCAGCUGGACAGGGUUCUGGAAUCCCAAGCGAAGCAGCACAACCUCACUGCAGUAAAUGUCAGGAAUAUUAUUCAUGAAGUUAUCAAGAAUGAACAUGUUGUGGCAAUGAUGAAGGCGGCAAUUAGUGACACCCAGGACAUGCCAUUGUUUGAGCCCAAGAUGACUCGUUCCAAAUUAAAAGAAGUUGUAGAAAAGGGUGUGGUCAUCCCUACAUGGAAUAUUUCUCCAAUCAAGAAGCCAAGUGAGAUGAAGUGUCCUCAGUUUGUAGAUAUUCCGCUAGAAGAGGAAGAUUCCUCUGAUGAAGAAUACAGGCCAGAUGAAGAAGAGGAGGAUGAGACUGCAGAGGAAACAUUUUUGGAGAGUGAUGUGGAAAGUACUGCUUCUUCCCCCAGGGGUGGACGUGGCAGUCGGCCUCGGACACCCUUUGAGCAGUUGGAGACAGAGGAAGAAAGAAGUUGCAGCCCAUCACAGGGAGACAGUACUGUGACCCUCCCUCAGAGACAUAUCAGUGUUGAAGUGGCACCAAUGGGCCCCCCGCCUCCUCCUAAACCAGUCAAGCACCAUACCCCUUCAAGGCCUACUCAGGACAGUACUUUCAUGGAAAAGCUACAUGCAGUUGAGGAAGAGCUUGCACUGAGUCCUGUAUGCCUGGACUCCUAUCAGCCCUUGGACGAAAGUCUAAUUGCUUUUCGAACCAGAUCGAAGCGACCUUUGAAAAAUGUACCCUUGGGCUUGUUGGAGGCAGAAUUACAGGCCCCUGAUAUCACACCAGACAUGUAUGACACAGGAACCAAUGAGGACAAAGAAUGGCAGUGUUGGCUUGCAGGACUAAUGACAACAGAAGUAGAAAAUGAAGAGGAAGGUGAUGAUGAUGAUGAUCCAGAGUAUAAUUUCUUGGAGGAUUUGGAUGAGCCAGACCAAGAAGACUUUCGUAAUGACCGCGCUGUACGAAUAACCAAAAAGGAAGUCAGUGAGCUCAUGGAAGAGUUGUUUGAAACGUUCCAGGAUGAAAUGAGAGUUCCCGAGCAUGAUGAUGAAGGGCCUGAGGAAGAUGAAGAGAAAGAAAAACCCAUAAUAACAGCAAAGUUUUAUGUACCUCAGGCAAUGAAGUUUGAGGAACCACUGGCUAAUAUGUUGAUUGAACGUCGGCGUACAGUUAAAGAACAACUGGAAGCCUGGAGACAGAGGAGAGCCAUGGCAAGUGCCAGAGGGGAUUCACCAGAGGCCCCUUCACAAUCAACUGUCCUAUCACCUAGCCAGUGUCCUGCUCCACUUUUUCUAAAUGAGCAACAAAAACUGCAGCUUCAACAGCAAAUGCAACAACACGUCCAGCUACUUACACAGAUUUACAUGCUGACAAGCUCGGUUCCCUCAUUACAAACAGAAGCCAAUACCACUCGUCUAUUUUUGAAUGAGCUGUUGUCUUUUGCUGAGAGCAAGGAAAUGGCUAACCGACUUCUAGACCAAAACUUUUGCAGCGCCUUUCGUCCAUGUAAUUUACAGGGUUCGCUGUCUUUGUUGGAGGAGUUUGACCAUUCUGUACAGGAUGGUCAGGUUGUUGGAAGUUCCCCACAAAAAUCUAAAAAUGCCAAGUCCAAAGGGAAUACAUACCCUGUCCUGCCUAGAAAGUUGGCUUGGCUUCUAGCAACACGAAAGGAGUUCUUAUACCCCGAAUUGUUGCCUCAGUGCUCAAUGGAUCCUCUUUUACACAACCGUAAACACAAAACAUUCUUCUCAAAAGGAGAAGACUGUCUGUUGGCCUUAGGGUUGAAACACUUUUCUGAGAUACAAAAUGCUCGCCAACUUAUCAGUAAAUACCUUUUGCCUGGCAAGACAGCCAAACAACUUAAGUUUCGAAUUCAAAAAAUGAGCAGACCACGGGCACCAGAAAAUGACAUUAAGUUCUACCAGAUGUUCAAAGCAGUCCGUCCUUUACCAAAACCUUGCCUGAUUGUUUUCCCAUGGCAGGCAAAGCCCCCAGUGGAAAGGGAAGAGAGCAUCCUGCCUUUUUGGCUUCGGAGAAGUCUUCCAUAUAUUUAUGAAGCAGUUAUGGACUAUACUCAGGUGCAGUUAGAAGCUCAAGGUCUGCCUGGUCUAGUUGAUAUACCACCUCCUCCUCCUAUUAUCUUCCCAUCUGGAGUGCUGUACCCUCCUGAUCUACCAGAAGAUGUUACUCUGAUUCUGAAAUCAGUUGUACUCAAGCCUUUCAGGUUCCGUUGGCGUUCAUUUGCAAAAAAGCCUGUUGCAUCAGUGCCAAUGAACAUCUCUCUACAGACACCAACAUUUAUCCAUCUGGCAUCAAGUUCUUCUUCUGAGAAAAUACCUGCCCUUGCACAAACUCUGAAUUUUACAUUAGUCACAGAUAUAGCUCCAAAGCAAGCAAAUUCAGUAAUUAAAGCAGAAAUGGACUCUAGAGAGCCUUCAAAAUGUUUACUUCCGGCUUUACCAGUUUCUAAUAACCUCUUUUCUGUGGCCUGGCCUACUGAAGAAGGACAAUUAAAGUCGGUUACUUCCCUGCCUAAGAGUAAGGAAGUAUCGGCAAGUCUGACUAGUUCUGGUACCCUCCACGUUCAGCAGAGCAACAACAUUGGUUUAAGUGGCAGCCAUACUCUAUCGUCUUCCAAAAUUGCAAUUUCCAGACCAGUGUUUAAUCAAAAUAUAUCAUCCAAGGGCCGCAAGAAUGUACAGGUUACAGAUACCCCAAUGAUUUUGACACAGAAAGUGCUACCAUUUCAACCUGCUCCCUUAACUCAACCUGCAGCCACUGGACACCAGCUGUUACUUGCUAUCCCCACAGGAGGGCAGCUGGCAAUUCCACCAGUGGGACAAGUAAAACUUUUGUCCCUAGGAAAUGCCUCUGGUUCAGGUGUUAAUGGAUCAACCCCAAAUGGCCAGACAGGUGGGAUCUGCAGCAUUAUCCAACCAGCAGUCUUCCUCAACAAUGCUCAUUUUCCAGUAAUGACCACAUCUUUAGCAGCACCAGUGACUGCCUCUCUGAUGUCUACAGUGGGCUGCCCGGCUUCUCCCCUAGAGAUUAAACCUUUGAACCCUACCUCAGAGACCAAAAAUGCUGAAAUUCUGGUAGAUCCAGCAACUGAUCCCAGUGGCCCUCUUACUCAACUUCGACAAUUAGUUUCUCUUGAUCCACUAGCUGAAAAGUCUACUGACAAACCACCCUUAAUUUGCAGUUCAGGAAAAGAUGUAAUUUAUUCAGGUACUGGAUUUGAUGAAUUUGAACAGUUUUCAGUAAACUCUGCAAGUGGCUUUCAGAAGUCUAAUUCAAGAAUUAUUGCUGGUAGCCCCAUACAUUCUAGUUCUAUGAAAGAAAACAGAACAAGCAUGGACACGAAUGAAAGUUCAUCAUUGUCUAAAGAAAUCAAAGUGAAGGCACCUUCUCCAGGUAACAAAGGGGAUUUUUUGUCAGAUGUUGGCAGGGGUACAGCAUGUCAGUUUGAUGGGCCUGUCAAUAAAAGCAAAGCAUCUCAAGAUAUGUCUUUCCAAACCCAGGAAACCCAUAAGGAUCAUGAACUUUGUAAUAUAUCAUCACACAAACCUGACGUGAUAACCAAAAGCAGCUCCUUGACAUCAAAGAGUCCUUUGCAGGUUAUCUCGGUAACCUGUGACCAUUCAGUUGUUUUUUCUGGGAAUGAUAUAAUAGAGGAAGAGACAAAACAGGAAGAAGAGGCAGGUGGUGAAGAGCCAGAUGGUGAAGAGGAAGGCUGGUCUGUAAGAUCAAAUCAUGAACCAUCUAUGUUAACUCUGUCAGAAUCUUCAUGUAGCCCCACCAGUAUUGUUGAGGGCCAAGCCAAUGCAGUUGAGCAAUUAAUAGACAAGAGAUCCACACAGAAAAAGACAGAGGAGAACAACAUAAUUAAAGAUGACAACAUUGAAAGCAGAACUCAACUUGAAAGCACCAACAGGACAGAAUUCAAAAUAUCUUCAAAAAAAUCCCAGUGCAAACUAGGAGAAAUAGCACUUCUUGAACCUGGGAAAGUAAUGCACCAGGCUGGAAAGGGUAUCAAAGUGGAAGGAAAAAAAGACAUUUUUGCCAUGUCUGAUAGAAAUUGUGUGGAGAAUUCACCUAUAAAUGAUCAUGUAGAAGGAAACAAGAAAACAGGAAAAGAAGAAGGUGAGUUAGGAACCUCCUCUAAGAAUUCUCCAGGUAAUUCUAAAAAAACAGAAGGACAAGAAGCAUCACAAAAAAAUGAAAUGGGAAAUGAUGCACAGCUAGAAACUGAAAGAAAAGAAAGGCAGAACGAUUCAGCCGGUCCAAUAGAGGAAGAAGAAGAAGAAGAUUUUGAUGACUUAACUCAGGAUGAGGAUGAAGAGGAAGUGUUGUCCACUGCUUCAGAAGAAUCAGUCUUGUCGGUGCCAGAGCUUCAGGAGACAAUGGAAAAACUCACCUGGCUGGCUUCAGAGCGUCGUCUCAGCCGAGAAGUAGACUCUGAAGAAGAAAAUUCACAAAACUCUCAAGAGGAGAACUCUGAAGAAGAGGAGGAGGGAGGUCAGAAGGGAGAGGAGGAGUCUGGUGAAGGUGGAGCUGUUGAAGGGCCUAAUGGGGAGAUUCCAAGAGGUGUGGGGCCCCCUGAAAGCAGUGCAAAAGGAGCAGGUCGUGGUAGAGGUGAAAGUGGGAGGUGUACGGGAAGAGGCAGGGCUCCCUCCAACUCCCGCCGAAGGAGAAGACGUGUACGAGCUAGCAAAGAUGCCUCCAAGCUGUUACUUUUGUAUGAUGAGGAUAUACUGGAAAAAGAUCCCUUAAGAGAUCAUAAAGAUUUGGCUUUUGCACAGACCUACCUUAACAGGGUUCGGGAUUCUCUUCGUAAUAUCCCUGGCAAGAUGGAAGAGUUCUUACAAGUACUGUAUGAGUUUGAAACAAGUAAAGAGCCUCGCACUGCUGUGGACUUGUAUGGCCAGCUCAGUGAAGUUCUGCAAGACUUCCCUGAACUUCUCCGUGACUUUGCAGCCUUUUUACUGCCAGAACAAGCAUUAGAGUGUGGACUGUUUGCAGAGCAACAGGCUUUUGAGCGAAGCCGCAAGUUUCUUCGUCAGCUGGAGAUCUGUUUUGGGGAGAACCCCUCCCACUACCAGAAGAUAGUGCGAGUUUUACAAAGUGGUCCUGAUCUUGGGGCAGCUGAUAUUGAAGAGCUUAAAUUACAAAUGUGGCAGCUAUUGAAGGGCCAUGAUCACCUGCAAGAAGAAUUCUCUCUCUUUUUUGACCAUCUACACCCUCCACCCUCAAGUCCUUCGCAGUUUGAAGAAGUCACCUGGACUGAAGACAAAGAAUAUGAGUUUGAUGGUUUUGAGGAGGUUACACUCCCAGAUUUAGAAGAGGAAGAAGAGCCUGUUAAGAUCUCAGGGCCACGAAGCAAGAGGAGGAAAGAUCUUGGAUCCACAAACAAUGACAAGGAUGGUGACUGGUCAGAGGUUAAGGACUGCAUUUGUCAUGAGCUUGGUCAGGAAGGAAAGCUGCGUCGACAUAGAAAAAAAACAUGCCCACGGUGCCAUCCUGGCAAAGGUUUAAGAAACAAAGAGCUAGCAGAGGUCAGUACUGACAGCCCCAGUGGACCCUUGAGCCCACGGCUAGAGGCCAAAAUCUGUGAUAAACAAGUGGAUUUAACAGAAGGAGAUAUUUGCACCCAGGAGGUGGAGCAACAAACACAUGAGAAUCCUCUUGGUGUUCCUGAAAAAGAAGUGAAUAAAGAAGAGAAACUUGAGAACCUGGGCCAAAUUUCUGAGCCUUUUGCAACACAAACUGAUGCAGAAGCUGUGGCUACUAAUACCAUGGACUGUGAAGGCUUUUCAGUUGAACAAACACUAAGUAAAAGAACAGACUGUGAAGAGAGGCUGCCAUCUGACUUGUGUUCUAGUUCUGAACCUUUUCAAAGCUUGGGUCCUGUUUCUGAUGCCUGUAAAGACUCGGCCUUCCAUGGAGGCCACCUUGACUCGUGUAAUUCAUCCUUGCAAAACCAGGGGAAGUCAGGAGAUCCAGAAGUAGAGAAGAACCCCUCUCAGUCUCAAAGUCCUUUGGCGUAUUCCCGUACCAGUGUGGACACCACUGUAUGUGCCAAGAACAUUACUGUCAGUGCCACAGGAGAAAAAGUCAUUCUUUGGACAAGGGAAGCUGAUCGAGUCAUCCUGACCAACUGCCAGCAGCUGGGGGCCAAUCAGCAGUCAUUCCAGUCAAUAUCUGAGCAGCUUGGCAAUAAGACGCCAACCGAGGUGUCUCAAAGGUUUCAGGAGCUAAUGCGUCUCUUCCACACGGCAUCACAACAGUAUAGCUCUGACGAAGAGGACGAGGGCACCAGUACCACAGAGCAGCUGUCUGCCACAGAUGAAGAGUUAGACUGAUGGCAGUGCUGACCAGCAGAGCAAUUAGUGAAGCUUGAAUGAACAUUGUAUUAAUAACACAGUCAAUUCAUAUAACUAAGACCCCAGACUCAUGGAUUCCUGUAGAGCAUGUUUGAGUAAGGUUUGAGAUGAAGGGCAGUCUACCAGCUCAAUUUCUUGUAAUUUCUCCAGAGCUAAGAGACUCCUUCCAUUCUUUUAAAUUUUGGGCUUUGUAAGGGAAUCUGUGACUGUUCGGUCAACUGCACUUUGUCGUGGCUGUUUUUGUGUUGCUUUUUUUUCUUCUUCUUCUUCUUCAAGUCCAGCUGGCCUGGGUUUCUUGAAGUCUCUCAUGAAUGAGAGGUAGAGGAGUUACUUGAUGCUUCUCGGGACAGAAAUGAACUUUAAUUAUUCAAAGCCGUGUCAGGCAUAUUUCAUUUAUUUAUUGAAAACAGACUGCAGAACAUAUGCAGGCUCAACUGUGCAGCCUUAACGUCAAAGCACACUGUACAGGAUAAUUUAAGAGCUCACGCGGCGGGCAGUGCUGGCUUCACUGGAUGAUUUUAAAGCUAAAAGUGUGAGUGUUCAAGUUGUGGCAAGAAAGAAAAAAAGAUGUUUUGUACAGUUUGAAUGUGUUUUUAUGUUUAGUAACUCUUAACCUAUGUACAGUGUUUAGUUUUGUUGAAUUUUUUAAUAAAACAUCUAUGAAUAAUA